UCCAGUGCACUGCCUCUCAUGCUCUUGCUGAUGUCCUUCAUCCACGCUGGACUCACUCAAGGAUGUACGUGGAAUGGUGUUCGAUAUGUUGAAGAAGCCACGUGGACUGAUGCUGGCCAAAUAUGUUCUUGUGUUGAUGGACAGAUGAGGUGUAGUAGGACUCAUGACUGUGCAAAUCCCACAGCCUGCAUGUAUGAUGGCCUAGAGUAUCAGAACGGUCAGGAGUUUCUACACCCCGCUGAUCGCUGCGGUCGUUGCAUGUGCUGGAAUGGUCAGGUGACCUGCAACAGGAGGCCAUGUCCAAACCCAGGAUGUAGUAACCCCAUCACUCGGCCGGUCCAGUGCUGUCCAGUGUGUGAUGUCUGCACCUAUGAUGGCCAAGAGUAUCAGAACGGUCAGGAGUUUCUACACCCCGCUGAUCGCUGCAGUCGUUGCGUGUGCAGGAAUUUUCAGGUGACCUGCAACAGGAGGCCAUGUCCAAACCCAGGAUGUAGUAACCCCAUCACUCAGCCGGGCCAGUGCUGUCCAGUGUGUGAUGGUACCGUAUAACACUGCGUCCACAUUACUAGUUACAAA